AUGGCUACGUGCAUUGCCGGCGUAGCAGAGAAAUUGCUGGGUAGUUGGCGGUUCAAGUUGAUCCCUGUCGACGACCAGAAGGCCGCCGCAGCAAAUCCGACAUGUUUGGAUGCGGAGACAUUAUCGUUAUUGGCCAUGGGGGCGACCACUGUGCUAACAUUUUCAACCGACUAUCCUGUCACCGUCUCCCUUGCGACAUAUUUCUAG